AUGGCGAAUUCAUACACGUUACUUGCUGACUUGAAGGCUGGGAGAUGCUCGAACACGGCGGAGAUCCGGCUACUACGUUUCUGGGAGGCCAGGAACCUGAAUAAAAACAACCAACUCAUGAGCAUCGACAUGUUGUUGAUCGACGAGGAUUCGACGCUGGUGCAAGGGUCUAUUCCUGCAUCCUUUCAUCAAACUUUCCGGUCCCGAAUGUCUGAAGGAUCGUUGUACCGCAUUAGUGUGUUUGAUGUGACACGAAGCAGUACAAAAUACAGGCUCUCUGAUGCCCCUGUAGCCAUCCGGUUCAAUGAGGCCACUGAUUUUCAAAAGCAACUAACAAUCACACGGCAGAUACCAACAGAAUUCUUCCGGUUUCAACCAUUUGACCAGAUCCGGGGCCUUGCAAAUAGUGGAAAACAGUUGCCUGACGUGAUAGGUGAACUCCGUGUCCUAAAAAGCACCAUCACUGACCGUCUUCCAGGAGCACCUCGCGUAAUGCUGACAAUAAGAAUGGCAAGUGAUGAUGAAGUCUGCGUUAGUUUGUUCGAUGCUUUGGCUAUUGCAUUCCAUGACAAGUUUGCAGCUUACGGGAAGGAACCUAAGAUUGUCAUAAUAACCAGCAUCAAUCCAAAGAUAGUUAGAGGUAGGAGCUUAUAUCUCAAUGGCACUUCCGCUACACGUGUAUUCUUUGACUGUGAAACAACGGCUGGGAAAGAGGUUUACAACCGGCAAGUCUUGCCUGGCGGUGGCGCGGACCAGGAAGGAUCCUCAUCCAAGGUAGUUCAUGCGCAGAAGAUCGAGCCCCUCACCAUUAAGGAGCUUAAUGACUUUGUCUUAACCGGUGAACCUCAGAUCAUAGAGUUCAUUUGUACUGCAACCAUUACUGGUGUUCAGCUCGAUGAUGGAUGGUGUUACAUUGGCUGCUCCAUUUGUCCUAAGAAACUUCAACGGGAGGAGUCAUCAUUCACCUGCGUCUCAUGCAAUCUACCAAAUGCUGUCGCUGAGCUCAGGUAUCGAGUGGUCUUCUCUGUGUCUGACGCCACAGGCACAGCUGCAUUUGUUGGUUUCGAUAAAGAGGUUGCUAAACUCACUAAUGUCCUGGCAUCGGAAGCUGCGCAGAUAGUGGGAAUUGGCGCGCAUGCUGCUGUUGACACUGAUCUCCCUCGGUCUCUAGCAGCAGUCGUUGAUAGGACCUACACUUUUCAGCUUAAGUUAACCGAUUUCAACUUCUCCCCCAAUCACCAAACCUUCACCAUAUCUCGGAUUUUCCCAGCGCGACAGCUAGCACCAAACCCCACGUUUGCUGAAGGUGAAGGUACAACGGCAGCAGCAGUACCUGAUGACACCGGAGCAGCUUCUGGAACAACAGAGACCAACUCAGGCAAGGUCGUAAUGCAGCCCAUCGCUCCUACGAAUCCUCUUGGGGUGCUUGACCUCUCUGGGGAGGAAGGCUUUGAAACAGAAGGAAAUCCACCCAAAAAGACACGUUUGGGAUGA